CACGUCAGUUUAAUCCCAUAAAUAACCCCAAGCAAAUCCUUGUCAUUUUCUCAGGCAACCGUUCGACGGAAAGUGUAAAGGAAACAGGGAAACUCCUUAGUGCGAUAAUGGUUACGAUUAAGGUUGUCAAGGCUCGUCAAAUUUUCGACAGCCGUGGAAAUCCCACCGUUGAAGUUGAUAUAAUACUUUCUGAUGGAAACUUCGCUAGAGCUGCUGUGCCAAGCGGGGCUUCAACUGGUAUCUAUGAAGCUUUAGAGUUGAGAGAUGGAGGAUCAGAUUAUCUUGGGAAAGGUGUCCUUAAGGCUGUGGAGAAUGUCAAUUCGAUCAUUGGACCUGCCUUGAUUGGCAAGGACCCAACAGAGCAAACCCAAAUUGAUAAUUUUAUGGUACAACAACUUGAUGGAACAGUUAAUGAAUGGGGUUGGUGCAAGCAGAAGCUUGGAGCGAAUGCUAUAUUGGCUGUGUCCCUUGCUGUUUGUAAAGCAGGUGCUAUGGUUAAGAAGAUCCCACUUUAUCAGCACAUAGCAAACCUUGCUGGGAACAAGACCUUGGUUUUGCCAGUACCUGCAUUCAAUGUUAUUAAUGGAGGUUCCCAUGCAGGCAAUAAACUGGCAAUGCAGGAAUUCAUGAUUCUCCCUGUCAGGGCAUCAUCUUUCAAGGAAGCAAUGAAGAUGGGUGUGGAAGUGUAUCAUCACCUCAAGACUGUGAUAAAGAAGAAGUAUGGACAGGAUGCCACUAAUGUCGGAGAUGAAGGUGGUUUUGCUCCUAAUAUUCAGGAAAACAAAGAAGGCCUUGAAUUGCUGAAGACAGCCAUAGCUAAAGCUGGAUACACUGGAAAGGUUGUGAUUGGGAUGGAUGUAGCUGCUUCAGAAUUCUAUGAUAACAAAGACAAGACCUAUGACUUAAAUUUCAAGGAAGAGAACAAUGAUGGUUCACAGAAGAUAUCUGGAGAUAGUUUGAAGAACGUGUACAAGUCUUUUGUGACUGAUUAUCCAAUUGUGUCCAUUGAGGAUCCCUUUGAUCAGGAUGACUGGGUGCACUACUCAAAGUUGACAACUGAGAUUGGUGAGCAAGUGCAGAUUGUUGGUGAUGAUCUCCUUGUCACAAACCCCAAGCGUGUGGAGAAGGCUAUUAAAGAGAAAACCUGCAAUGCUCUUUUGCUGAAGGUGAAUCAAAUUGGUUCUGUAACUGAAAGUAUUGAAGCUGUGAGGAUGUCGAAGCGUGCUGGCUGGGGUGUCAUGGCUAGCCACAGGAGUGGUGAGACUGAAGAUACUUUCAUAGCUGAUCUUUCAGUUGGAUUGGCCACGGGGCAGAUCAAGACUGGAGCUCCUUGCAGAUCAGAACGUCUUGCAAAGUACAAUCAGCUUCUUAGGAUAGAAGAAGAGUUGGGAUCUGCAGCAGUCUAUGCUGGAGCAAAGUUCAGAGCACCAGUGGAGCCAUACUAAGGCACUACAUGAAUGCCUAUCAUAUUAGACACCUUAUAAUAUUACCAAGCAGUAUCUUUAUAAGCAUCUAUUUGUAUUCAGAAACAUGUUCUUGGCUGCAUGUGGGUUGGUUUCGUGGGAUGUUACCAAGAGCGUGUUGAUACCUUGCUGCAAUUACUGAGCAUAAUAUUAAUAUCAAGACAACUGAACUGGAUAUCUAAUAUGUUGAACUUCAUCUUUUCUUUUCA